AUGGCCUUUCCCCCGCAAUUCAGAGAGGUCCCUGCUCCUCUCCCAAGCAUCGUCGUGCCUGGAAACGGAGCCAAUCGAUUCAGAGACCAAGGCAUUCCCUUCUCAAGAAGUCCGGCAAUGGCCAUUCCUGGUAUCGAAACGCGGGACGACGUACCUCCUCCUCUACCUCCCCCACGAAACCUCCCCUUUGGCGACGCACCUACACAGUUUCGGGACGACUUCAAGGACAAGAGAGACUUCUCUCGUGGCUCUUCCUUCGCCAGUCGUUCAUCCUUUGCGAGCGGCUACGGCAGCAUGAGUCCUUGUCAUAUGGAUGAUCGACAGGGUUACGAGAGAAGGGGGAAUGGGAGCAUUACCAGCGAUGAGGGUUAUGCGAGCUAUGCUUCCACAGACAGGUCCCGCGAUUCCCUCUCCGGCGAGCCCUUUUGGCUUCACCACAACAAAUUUCACUACCAAUCAGCAGCCGAUCUUCACGGCGACAGCGCGAAGAAGAUGCUGACUCCUAUCCGGACGCUGGACAGAUCGCCCCCCCGUUCGCUUCUCAGCGGUCCCAUGAGCGAUCUUACACGAGGACUGCAGAACGAGCGGUUUGCUCCCAGCUUACCCAACCUACCCAUCCAGCUUCCCAUCCACAGCCGCGCACCCUUUGAAUCGCAACCCCGAGACUCACCAACCUUUUCCGCCGUGUCCCCCAACUCAACGCCCUUCCACCGAUCCCCAAUUGACCACCGCUCUCCCUACGACAGCUCAGAACCAGAUCGCUCUCCCCGAGGCCGGUCAAGACGAAACAACAGCGAUGAUGCCACUUCCACCCAGGGCAGCUUUGUCGACGACAUGGAGAUUGAUGAGACGUCCUCGCUCAAGAGACUUCAUAUCGAAGAUGCAUACGCAAGCGCGGGCCAGAAGCGCCGGGCCGCCAGCCCUGCAUCGGACGAUCUUGGCCUCCACAUGAUGCCUGGCCAAGGUGCAUCCCGCGGCUCUCCUACUCCUCGCCUGUCAUCGGGCCCUCAGUCCGCCACAUCAAUGCUGAGCAGCGCCUCUUCGCGACCCAACUACUUCAUGUCUUCCAUCUCCAUCCCGCCUUCUGCUAGCUCAUACGGCCACCGCUCACCCGGUGGGGUCUCACCAGGGGCCCUCUCUCCCACAUCAUGCACCUCUCCAUACAACACGCCCGCAUCCCUGAACCCAAGCCCCAAGACGUCAGUUGCCAGCAGAGCGCCUAUGCAUUCACGAACCGCGUCUGGCGCCAGCCCGCGGAAGCUCCCUGAGAUGCAAAAGCCCAACAGCACCAAGUUCCAAGGAUUCUACAUGUGCGAGUGCUGUCCCAAGAAGCCCAAGAAGUUUGAGACAGCCGAGGAGCUGAGUGCUCACGAAGCCGAGAAGCAGUAUGAGUGCAGCUUUUGCGGCAACCGCUUCAAGAACAAGAAUGAGGCCGAGCGACACCAAAACUCUCUUCACGUGCGCCGUCACUCAUGGUCGUGCUCCGCGCUGUCGGGCUACAAUCGGGCGUUUCACGAAUCGACAACGCAUCCCGGCGAGGCCGAUGCGUGUGGUUACUGUGGGGAGGAGUUCCCUCGAUCGGGACUUGGAGCGAGGGCCGGCUUACUCAACGGUGGUAUCCAGGCAAGACACGCUACUGACCAGGACUGGGAGGAGCGGAUCCGACACCUUCAAGAGGUGCACAAGUUCCGAGAGUGCAACUCGUCCAAGAAGUUCUACAGGGCCGACCACUUCCGCCAGCAUCUCAAGCACAGUCACGCAGGCACUAGCGGCAAGUGGACAAACAUGUUGGAGAAUGCCUGUUUGAUGGAGGAGGACCCUUCGCCGAGGUGA